UGAAAUGGGGGAGGGCAGAGGGGUGGUACUCCGCUUCGGGAGAGAUCUCGGGCCGUGGCUGGACCAGCGCAUGCGCACGAGAUCUCCCGCGGCUUAGCGGACAUAACCGGUUUAGGCGUGCUCGGUCUCCUCCCCUCUGUGAGUCCCGACUUUUCGCUCUCCUUCCGCCGGCUCUCAGCAGGGGACCAUGGCCGAUCCUCGCGUGAGGCAGAUCAAGAUCAAAACGGGCGUCGUGAAAAGAUUGGUUAAAGAAAAAUUGAUGUAUGAAAAAGAAGCAAAACAACAAGAAGAAAAAGUUGAAAAAAUGAAAGCUGAAGAUGGUGAAAACUAUGCCAUUAAGAAGCAGACAGAAAUUUUGCAAGAAUCUCGAAUGAUGAUUCCAGAUUGCCAACGUAGAUUGGAAGCUGCACGUUCUGACCUUCUACAGUUAUUGGAAAAUGAAAAAGAUUUGGAAGAGUCUGAAGAAUAUAAAGAAGCACGUUCAGUUCUGGAAUCAGUGAAGUUAGAAGCUUAAAAUGUUUCUCAGUUCUGAAUUUUUUUUUUUUUAAAUAAAACACUGCGGUCCAUUCCACAUUUUAUUAUGUUUGGUCACUGCUGUGUGUGUUCAAGUAGUGUGAGAAUGUGAUUCAGUUUUCUUUAUGUAGUUGUAUCUUUUUGCCUUUUCUUAAAUUAAAAAGGUUUUCAAAUAAAUGGGUUAGUCCAAUACAAA